AUGACGCCGGAAACUAGAUCGGAAUUUGGGACCGGAUACGACGUCGUUUCCGGCUUCGUUAGCGACUUCGGUUCCGGUGGCGAAAAAAUCAGUAUGAUUAUUAUACUUCCGGUUGCAAUUAAUGGCCUGAGAGAAGUCGAACAGAAAUUUUGGGAAAUAGAUCUGCCCCUUCAUAAAAAAAAAUCACAUCAGUUGGAAAUGAAAGUUUAUCUACCAAAAUUUAAAACAGGGGAAACCAUUGAUUUAGUCGAAAUUUUAAAAGAUAUGGGCUUGAAUGAAAUGUUCUCUGGAUCGGCUAAUUUCGCUGGAAUGGCUGAUGUUCCAUUGAAGGUCGACAAGUUCAUUCAGAAGGCUUUCAUUGAAAUCAACGAAGAGGGCUCCGAGAUAGCAGUUAUAAGUGGUACGGUUUAUUAA